AUGAGUUUCAAAUCGUUAUUUUCAAAAUCAACAAAUUCUUCAAAAUUUAGAUUAAAUCAAUUAAUUAAAAUUGGUAUACUACUAUUUACUAUUUCAAAUGUACUAUUGAUAUUAUAUUAUAUAACUUUUGAAAAUUUGUCAAAUUCAUCAACCUCAAACACCCAAGAUUUGGAUGAAAUUCUACCGUCUUCAUUAAAAUCUUCAUCUUCAUCACUAUCAUUUAAAUCCCUAUUGAAAUAUAUUAAAUCUUCUUCAACUGAAAACGAUGCUAAAAAUAACCUUAUAGAUUUUUAUUAUGAUAAUACAACUAAUUUAUUAAUAAUUGAAAAAAACCAUAAUUUAAAUGAAGAUUCACCAGAAUCAUCAAUUUCUACAAAUUCUCAAGAAAAUUUAAUAACAUAUAUAAAUUCAGAUUCAAAACAAAAUUAUGAUUUACAUUUAAUUGAAGGAUAUAACUAUCAAGAUUAUACAAAUAAUUUGAAAACCAAAAUAAAUUCAUAUUUCGAAAACUCAAUAUCAAAAGAAUAUGAAACAGAAUUAAAAUUUAAUGAAAGCCUCAAGCAAUUUUUUUUAAACUUAGUUGAAAAGCUUGAAGAUUGUAAACCAAAUAUCGGUAGUAUAAAUAAUAAUGAACAUUAUUCAAAUAAAAUUAAAAUUGAAAAAUAUUAUCAAAAUUUAAAUAAAUUAAGUGAUGAACAAAUGAAAGAAAUUCCUGAAAAUCAAGAAUAUAUUCAUAAAUUGGGUCAUAUACCUGUUUUUGAUGGUCAUUUAAGAGAACAAUAUAUAAAUGAACCAGUAAGAACAAAAGAAUAUUUAUCAUUAUUUUUACAAUUGAAUGAUAGUGAAAUAAGUUCUUUAAAACAAUCUCAUGAAAAAUUUAUAAAUCUGAUGCCUAAUGAAUGGCCAAAAGAUCUCCUAAUCGAAAAUAAUAAUAUAAAUCAAAAUCAAUUUUUAAAAGGUGAUGGAAUAGUUUAUUUAGCAGGUGGAAAAUAUGAUCAAUUAGUUCUAUUAUCAAUAAAAAUUUUAAGAAAAUUAGGAUCAAAUUUACCAAUUGAAAUAAUGAUACCAACACAAAAAGAUUAUAAUUUACAAUUUUGUAAUGAAAUAAUACCAUCAUUAAAUGGGAAAUGUAUAAUAAUGAAUGAAUUUAUACCUGAUUUAUUAAUUAAAAAUAAUAAAUUUGGAAGUUAUUUAUUAAAAAAUAUUGCUAUUUUGCUAUCAUCUUUUGAAAAUGUAUUAUAUCUUGAUGCUGAUAAUUUACCUAUAAAAAAUCCAGAUAAUUUAUUUGUUAAUAAACCAUUUAUUGAUAAUCAUUUAAUUAUAUGGCCAGAUUUAUGGAGAAGAUCGACAUCACCUUUAUUAUAUGAUAUUGCUGAUAUAAAAGUAGAUACAAAUAAUAAGGUAAGAAAUUCAUAUUUAAAUAAAAACAAUGACAAUGAUAACGAAAAGAUAUCAUUUCAUGAUUGUGAAGGAUCACUUCCAGAAGCAAGUUCAGAAACAGGUCAAAUUUUAAUUAAUAAAAAACAUCAUUUUAAAACAUUAAUAUUAUCAUUUUUUUAUAAUUAUUAUGGACCUGAAUUUUAUUAUCCUUUAUUAAGUCAAGGAGCAGCAGGAGAAGGAGAUAAAGAAAGUUUUAUUUUCGCAGCUCAUAGAUUAAAUUUAUCAUAUUAUCAAGUAAAAGAAUUUAAUAGAGAAUUUGGUCCAAUUUCUGAAAAAACUGAAAAAAUUGAUUUUUUUGGUAUGGGACAAUAUGAUCCAAUUAUAGAUUAUAUUCAAUCAAAAUCUUUAGAAGAAGAUGAAACUAGUACUACCAAAACAGUUAGAAAUGUAAUAACAAAAAGAUCAAAUGAAAAUCAAUCAAAUUAUAAAUCUCAACCACCAACAAAUUUCGCUACUAAUCAAAAUGAUAAAUCAAUUUCAAAUUAUAAUUAUCAUUUUUUUAAAUCAUCAUCAUUAAUUUUUUUACAUGCAAAUUGGCCAAAAUUUUUUAUAAAUGAAUUAUUUUCAAAUGAUAGUGGUAGAGGAACUAAGGAUAAGAAUGGAAAUAGAAGAAGACUUUAUGGAAAUGAAUUAAAAUUGGAAUUACAAAAUAAUAAUGAUAACGACAAGGAUUCUGAUUUUGAAUUAAUUAUAAUUAAAAAUCUUUUUGAAAUUUGGUGUUUACCUCCUUGGAUAAAUUUAAUUGAUGUACCUAAAUCUGAAUCUGAUAAAAGAAAAGAAAUUUGUAAUAAUAUUAAAUUACAUAAAGAAUUUUUAGAAAAUUCAUGA